UUGGGAGAGAGGACUAUGAACAUUAUUUAUCACACACAAAAUGAAAGCGAAAAAAAGCUCAAGUGAAAAUGUAGAACAAGUCGAACAAAAUGGGAAUGAGCUUGGAAACAUGUACUGUACCCAGGAAAUGGGAAAGAUCCUACAAAGCGUCACCCUGGAGAAUCUGUCAAGCCUUGGUUUUAAAGAAGAUGUGUGGCUCCAGUAUACAAGGAUUCUUUGUUUCGCAAUCAUGAGCGCUAUCGGUUUGUACGGCGCUGCUUUCACCAGUAUUGGAAAGAACAAAUUAAUCCUGAAGAUUGUGCUGGUUGCGUAUUUUACCAUGCUAUUGUUCACGCUUUUCUAUGAUAAAAUCAUCUUGCAUGGAUCACAGAGCAGAUUAAUCGGUCCAGGAAACAGCAAAUUUUACAUUUGGUUCUAUCUCAAUUGGCGUCAGGCCACAUUCGACAUUUCAUACGCAUCUGUGGGAGAUGUAGCCCAUAAGGACGUAUACAAAGUGCCGUUGGGUGAAGCAUUUUAUGAGGAUGGAAAAUUGGACGAUGAAUGGUACCACAGUUCGAUGAAAAAACUUUCCAAAGAGAUGGAAGCGAUGAUUUCAAAACGACUUAUGUGAGCUUGCGAUGUCUUUUGCUCUCAGGAGCUGGACAAGGGUUAUAUUCCAGCAGUAAAUACCUACCCUUGGGGUUGCCGGAGGCGUAAAAGGUCUGUAGAAGUUGAAUAGCUUCCUCAGCACGAAUGCCUUUAUGACAGUUUAAGGGGGGGAAGUCGCCAUAACUGUAGACUGGUAAAUUGAAAUUAUUGUC